CCGGUGCCUGACGGUGGGGGAAACGAGGGAAGAGAUUCGUCGUAGGGAAGAUCACAUACGUUUACACCCGACUCGUUCGGUUAUUGUUGUUGAAGAGGUUGAGGGUUGGGUCCUCUUCGAGAUGAAGACAGAUGUGACGAUUAGUGCGGAGAUUAUGGCUGAUGAGAGCUUGGGAGAUGUGUGUGGUUUGGCCGAAGUUCAUUUCCUUCCGCCUUUGAGGGGUUGUGUGCGUGGGGGCUGGGCACGUGGAAGUGGUAUUGACUCAGGGGGCGUGGGGGUGCCAACUCGGCCGGUGCCAUCAUCGCCUCAGGACCAGAUGCAUGGGGUCGUGCAUUCGGGAGCGCGGCGGGAGGAGAGUGAUAUGCGCAAUCAUCCCUCGGAGUGUCGGAGAGAGGUCAUGCCUGGGGUAUUGGCUGAAGGAGUAGGGAUGCCGCCCCUUGUACAGGCGGGCCAGGCGCUGUUAUCGAAUAUAGGAGUGGGGGGGUCGCAGCAGGGGGAAGUGGCAGGUCACCAUCAAGAAGGAUUAACUCCGCAAGGGUUGGUGGCUCCGGAACAAUUGCCUGCUGAAGGUCAUCAAGGACAUGAGGAUGCCAUCAUGCAAGAUGUUUCCCAGAGACCGGUGAUGGGAAUGGUCAAUGAGCCUCAGCAGAAUGAUCCCCCUCCUUUCCAAGGCGGUUUGGGUCAGCGGCAGGAUGGAGGAUCGAGUCGGUUGAGAGGUGAACUCCGGGAUGAGGAAGGAUCUGGGCAACUAACUCGGUCAAUGGGUGAACAUCGGAAUGAGGCGAGCGCCCCGGAUGGGCAACUAAGUUGUCCACUGCAGCAGGGUGGUGGUGGUCAGCAGGACAGGGUUACCCGGGGGGAGAAUCCGUCGGGUUUGCAAGUAGAGGUGAAAACCCAGGGCGUGGCUGAUUCAUGUUCGCAACAACUUGUGUGUUCGCCGCGGCAAUCGGCCCAGCCCUCUGCGGCAUGCCUUGUGGUUACUUCGUUGCCGGCUGUGCCCAUGGUUGAAGCUUCGUUGCUUUCGGUGACAGCCCAGCACCCUGCUCCGAUCGGCCCCUCGCGGCCCUCGCACUUGUCAGUAAUACAUAGUACGGCCUCGAUUUCCAUUUCCAGAGUAAACAUCGAGGCAUGUCAUUCGCUUACGUUUCAGGGAACGGCUGGUGGUUGGUUGAUGGAUGAAGCUGGUCCCUCUUCUCGGGUGCCGGCGGGAGGAUGGCUUAUCGAGGAACCGGUUACACGAGAGGGCAUACUUCAGCCGCCCGUUCAGGAGGGCGAUGUUGUAAGAGAGAAUGAUCCUCCCUUGCAGGAGGAUAAGACUGAUUGCCCUUUAUUGAAAGCAGCAGCGGGGCUGUUACGGGGUGACAUGUGUGAUGGGAGAAGGCUUCAGGAGGAAUUUGGGGAAGGACCUUCGAACAAGAAGUGUUCUUGUUCUCGAAAGUCAGCUAGGAAGGGGAAGUCGCAGGGGAAGGCUGAAUUUAGUAGGAAGGGAAAGCAGUUGAUGGCGCAGGGCUCUGCUACUUCGGAGGAGGAUGAGCCGCCCAAGGUUACACGGUCUGUGAGACAAGGUUGUCCCCUUUCCCCUGCUCUGUACAUCCUGUAUGUGGAGCACUUGCAUGAAAUGAUUCGUGCGGACGACCGAAUUGUGGGUUUUGAACUGCCUGGAGGGGGCCAGGUCAAGUCCAAUACGUUUGUUGAUGACACCACAGCGGUAUCACGGGUGACGCAGCAGAGCAUUUUGGCCUUGAGGGAUGAGAUUGCUCUCUUUGAAAAGUAUGCGGGUGCAAGGAUUAAUUGGGGGAAGUCGGUGGUAGUGGUUCCGGUUGGAGUGGAUGGAGCGGUGUUUGAAGGGAUGAGGACCCAAUCGCCCGGAGACCAGUUUUUGUACCUCGGUAUAUUGGUUCCUGCGGCACUCUCUUCUGGCCAACAGCUUGAGGAUUUGUUGCACCAGGCAGUGGUACGCAUGGUGGCCUGGGCAAAGAAGGCGUCGCAUGGGGUGUUUGGGAAAGUGCUUAUCGCUAAUAAUGUGGUGUCGGCGACACUGUGCUAUGCGGGCGCGGUUUCGGAUCCUCCCAAGAGGGCUUGGAGGGAUUAUAAACGAGCCUUGAGGAAGUUCCUGUGGAAAGAUGACCUUUGCGUUCCGCACCUCAUCUACAGGGUGCGGUGGGAAAAGCUGGUGCAACCCAGAUCGGCUGGGGGUCUGGUUUUGUUCGACCCCCGUAUUCAGCUUUCUGCGUUGCAGAUGCGGACUGUUUUGUGGUUCCUCCUUGAGGAUGAUACGGAGCCUUGGAAGUUCAUCACUUUGCGAGAAAUGGUGGAGGCUAUCAGAGUACACCCGGCGGAUGUUGAGACGGCCCUUCUUCACCCUCAGCUUCUUCAAGGUCUUCGGUGGGGGGCGCUGUGGUCGGGUGUCUUGCAAAAGUGGCGGGGAACCGUUUCAUACACCAAUCGGGCGUCCCCUUUGUGUGGCAGGACUGCCCGAGCGCUUUUGGGAAGCAGUGGUUGGUAUGUGGUGUUUAUCGGGUUGUUGAUAUAUGGGACGUGCAAGGGGGCACGUGGAGGAAAGAAGAUGAGGUUUUGCGUCAAUUGGAGCAUCAACCGAAGAAGAAGGAAAGGUUAGAGGAGAUUAAACAAGCGAUUCCGCAAGAUUGGAUCG